CACAUACUCGUGGAAACAUUCCUCCACGCGUCCAUCCAGCUGAACGAUCAUAGCGUUCGAGGGCGCUGGCACCGCCACCAGCAUAGCGAGAGAUGCUAUUACCACCCGCAGCAGUCGUACGAGCGUCAUCGUUCUAGUCUUCGAACAAUCACACAAUGGGCUCCCCGAAAUAAGAUCCGUUGUCGUCACGUCUACGCCCACUCGGUUUUUUAUUAGCCAAUCUCUGUCGCGAUAGCAGUACCACCUUUCCCAAUAUACCAUGCUCAAAGUACCUAAACAAGAUUAUUUUGGGUUUUGCAACUGCCAACCAAUUGAGCAAUGUGGACGUGCACUCGCCGCCUCUCGUCGCAUUUGUCGACUACUGCGCGCGGGUUCCGCUCGAGUUGCAUUCCAUGGACCUCUACAGGUAGUCAUUUGUCGGAUGUUUCGUUCGUAUCGUUGCCAAUCAGCCAGCGGUCCAAAGAUGUACUCACGCGAGAGAUGGGCUACGAGUUCUUAACGCAUGUGCAGAAUGAUACAUUGCCGUUGGUGCUGGCCGGACGUGACGUACUGGCCAAGGGCAAGACGGGCAAUGGCAAAACCAUUGCUUUCUUGCUACCCACACUGGAGCGCAUGCUCACGCACCCGCAGCCCAAGCAGGGCAAAAUCUCGGCUCUUGUGAUCUCUCCAACGCGAGAGUUGGCGCAGCAGAUCGCAGUCGAAGCGGUGAAGCUCACGGACGCCCAUGGAUUGCGCACGUCCUGCUUUGUAGGCGGUAGUUCAGUCAACAAGGAUGUGAAGGAGCUGACGCAAUCCAGAGGCAUUGACGUGCUGGUGUCCACUCCAGGAAGACUGCAGGCACAUUUGGAGGACAACAGCGGACGCAUCAGACAGAAGCUAGACAGCCUUCAGGUAUUGGUGCUGGACGAGGCCGACCGCCUGUUGGACAUGGGAUUUCGCCCCGACAUCAUGCGGAUCAUCAGUCACUUGCCGAAAGAGCGUCAGACACUGCUCUUCAGUGCGACGCUACCGGCCGCAACUGAGGAGCUCAAGGACAUGGCACUACGGGAUGACUGUGCCUUUGUAGAUACCAUCGAAGGUGGUGAUCAACAAACCAACACGCAGGCUGUGCAGGAGUAUGUUGUGUGCGACCUGCAAGACGUCAUCCCCGUAGUGGAAGGCGUACUGGAAGAGCACAUGAAGCUGCCGGCGUACAAGGUCAUUGUUUUCCUACCGACCGCACGGUCGGCACAGUUCAUGGCGCAACUCUUCCAGGGUGCGGGUUUCCAGAACGUGUUGGAGAUGCAUUCACGCAAGAGCCAAUCUGCUCGAACCAAGGCGGCCGACGCUUUCCGCAAGGGUAAGAAGAUGAUCAUGUUCUCGUCAGAUGUGUCGGCGCGUGGCGUCGACUACCCAGACGUGUCGCUUGUCCUACAAGUGGGUCUGACGGAUCGCGAUCAGUACAUUCAUCGUCUAGGACGAACGGCCCGUGCGGGUAUGGAGGGACGUGGCAUUCUAGUGCUGGCCGACUUUGAAAAGUCAAUGCUUCGUUAUCUAGCGGACCUCCCGCUCACUGAGCUAAAGCAGCAUCCUCAGCUCGAUCAGCAGAGCUACCGAACCACUCGUGCCCUCACAAACGCACGUCUACGCAGUGAAUUGGACCAAUCAGCAGAGAAGGCUUAUGCUGCCUUCUUGGGCUUCUACAACUCGAACCUUAAGAAGCUGGGAAUGUCGAAAACCAAGCUUGUCGAGACGGGAGCUCUCUAUAGUCAGCUUAUUGGACUGGAAAAAGUGCCGUUGUUGCAGAAGAAAACGUUGCGGGCGAUGGGGUUAAUGGGCACUCCAGGCCUUAUUGCUGCUUCCAAACCAGUCAGAGCUGGACGAUCCAAGUCGAAAAAUCUGGGAGAGCUGGAAAGAUUCACAAGCGAGAAUCGGAAUAGCUAUCAAUCGAUUCACGCUCGACAGAAGAAGGGUGAUCGCAGCAAUGAGAAACAAGGAGGUAGUUUGUGGAGAACCUUCAACGACAACGAAGCCAAGUCUUCUCGUAGCGAACAGUCUUUCAAGAGCGACAGGAGCAGUAGAAGUGCUUCACCGAGUACGAAACGUGAAGGACACUCUCGCAGGCACAAACGUUCUGCAAGCCCGGCGACCAAGCGGACUUACAAGGAGCCGCACAAAAGAUACUAGGAGGCCACAUCAAGAUAGAUAAGCACGUCUGAUUUUGCUUUGCGGUGGUAAGCACGUUAUCUGAUGGCUACGAAAUCGGUGUAGUUCAUAGUCUUGUCUGCACUAACCAAAGCAUUAGUGCUCUGCCAGGAUCAUUGAUAAAACACGCAAAGCUCUUCACAAACACGUUGUGUCCUAAGGAAUGGGCAGGUACCUGGAUCGCUGUUGACGCUGAACAGCAAACCACGUAGCGGAAGCACCCACAACGGCCCCAACGACAGCACCGAUGCCAAGUUGGGCAAUCGAAAUAGUACUUGAAGGCGAAGCGCUGUCGUCACCGGCAGAUGGCUGCACUCCAAGAUUGGCACUCGCAUUUUGCCGGCUUUCAAACAGCUCAAGCUGCUUUUCCAGUUUUGGGAUGUGUGGCGGCACC